CAGGCGGGGCAUAAAACUAGAUUAUACACAUAAUGUACGGGGAAUGAAAAUUUCAAAACUUUGAGAUGUAGUGCCAAUUGAGAAAGUUGGGCGGGUAAGAUUACCCCCCAAAAUCACAUAUAAAAACUCCCUCCAUAACAAACCCCACCGCAGUCUCUUCCGGUUUCUAAACAACCGUCACCGGCGGCAACGAUUUCGUCGACUCCGAUCAGGAUUUAUACGUUCGACGCUAGCUAACAACAUAAGAGGAUAACGCAAGUACAGCAAUACUCUUGUCUCAAUUAUUAGUCACGAAACUAUUUACUUCAAACAAGGAGAAAUGGUUGAGCAACGAAACGGUGGAAACCAUCCAACUGCGACUAACGGUGCAGCUGGAGGAGCUUCAGGUGUGUACGUAAUUGAUGCAAGUACAUUAGUCAGGCGGCUAAAAUCUCUGUAUUUUCACUGGCGGGAACACAGGGAGGAGUUAUGGGGAUCUUGUAACGCAUUUGUAGUAGCUACCCCACCACCAUCUGACGAUCUUCGUUAUUUAAAAUCAUCAGCGUUAAACAUCUGGCUUCUCGGUUACGAAUUUCCCGAAACAAUCAUGCUUUUCUCAGAUAAACAGAUCCAUUUUUUAUGCAGCCAGAAAAAAGCAUCACUUCUUGACGUUGUCAAAAAGUUAGCUGAAGAAGCUAUAAACGUAGAUGUCGUGAUGCACGUAAAGGCCAAAAACGAUGACGGGUUGACCCUAAUGGACACCAUUUUAACUUCCAUUGAGUCUGCUAAUUCCUGUAUUCUUGGGCAUAUAGCAAGAGAGGCACCAGAAGGGAAACUUCUAGAAACGUGGACCGAGAAAAUGAAGUCGUCACGUUUACAGCUUCGUGACAUAACUAACGGAUUGGCGGAUCUUUUUUCCGUUAAGGAGACCGGUGAGCUUACGAACGUGAAAAAAGCCGCUUAUUUAACCGCCUCUGCGAUGAAACAGUUUGUUGUUCCGAAGCUUGAGAAGGUAAUCGAUGAAGAAAAGAAAGUGACUCAUUCUUCUUUAAUGGAUGAAACUGAAAACGCUAUUGCGAGGCCAGAUACGAUUAAAGUGAAGCUGAAACGUGAAAAUGUUGAUAUAUGUUACCCUCCGAUUUUCCAGAGUGGCGGUAAUUUUGAUCUCAGGCCUAGUGCUUCAAGCAAUGACGACCAUUUGUACUAUGAUUCGGCUAGUGUGAUUAUCUGUGCUCUUGGGUCACGAUAUAAUAGCUACUGCGCGAAUGUGGCUAGAACGUUUCUCAUCGAUUCAAAUGCUACACAAAGCAAGGCGUAUCAGGUUCUUUUAAAAGCCCAUGAGGCUGCUGUUGGUGUUCUGAAGCCCGGUAUUAAAGCGAACGAUGUUUACAAGGCUGCACUUGCGGUGGUUGAAAAAGAAGCUCCUGAGUUGACUUCCAAUUUGACCAAAUCAGCCGGGACGGGAAUCGGUCUUGAGUUUCGGGAGUCGGGUUUGAAUCUAAACGAGAAAAACGAAAGAGUUUUGAAAGCCGGUAUGGUUUUUAACGUUUCGCUAGGGUUUCAAAACAUGCAGACAAAGAGUAGCAAAGCGAAAAGUCAAAACUACGCACUGUUGAUUGCUGAUACGGUUGUUGUAACUGCUACCAGUCAUGAAGUGGUGACGUUGUUAAGUUCCAAAGCGUUUAAAGACAUUGCGUACUCGUUCAACGAUGGUGAGGAAGAAGAAGACGAAAGGGCACAAGUGAAAGUGGAUUCUAACCGUAACCGUAAUGAAGCUUUAUACUCUAAAGCGACUUUACGGUCAGACAACCAUGAAAUGUCUAAAGAAGAACUUAGAAGACAGCAUCAAGCGGAACUCGCACGCCAAAAGAACGAAGAAACCGCUCAACGGCUUGCAGGUGGGACAACUGCAACGGGGAAUGGAAGAUCUUCUUCAAGAACUUCAAAUGAUUUAAUUGCUUACAAGAAUAUAAACGAUGUUCCUCCUAGAGACUUGAUGAUUCAAGUCGACCAGAAAAACGAGGCUAUUCUUAUUCCGUUAUACGGAAGUAUGGUGCCGUUCCAUAUUGCUACUGUGAAAACCGUUUCUAGUCAAGCUGACACGAGUCGAAACUGCUAUAUUCGUAUAAUAUUUAACGUUCCCGGCACACCCUUUUCUUCUCAAGAUCCAAAUUCCGUCAAGAAUCAAACAGAUAUUUUCUUAAAAGAGGUAUCGUUUCGUUCUAAGGACCCGAGGCACAUCAGUGAAGUGGUACAGCAGAUCAAAACACUUAGACGAAACGUUGUUUCCCGAGAGUCUGAAAGAGCUGAGAGGGCAUCGUUGGUUACUCAAGAGAAACUCGUGCUUGCGGGGAAUAAAUUUAAACCAAUAAGAUUAACCGAUCUUUGGAUCCGUCCAACGUUUCCGGGUCGUGGAAGGAAGCUUCCGGGUACACUCGAGGCUCAUGACAACGGUUUCAGAUACUCGACAUCUAGAGCAGAUGAACGUGUCGAUAUUCUGUUCGGUAACAUUAAACACGCGUUUUUUCAGCCCGCAGAGAAGGAAAUGAUUACGCUACUUCACUUUCAUCUCCACAACCACAUCAUGGUUGGAAACAAAAAAACGAAAGACAUUCAGUUCUACGUUGAGGUGAUGGACGUUGUGCAAACCCUAGGAGGUGGAAAGAGAUCCGCUUACGAUCCGGAUGAGAUCGAAGAAGAACAACGAGAACGGGAUCGUAAAAACAAGAUCAAUAUGGAUUUCCAGAAUUUUGUUAACCGUGUUAACGAUCUUUGGGGGCAACCGAAGUUUAAGGAGUUUGAUCUUGAGUUUGACCAGCCGUUAAGAGAACUUGGGUUUCACGGAGUACCGCAUAAAGCUUCUGCUUUCAUAGUUCCGACGUCAAGUUGUUUGGUUGAGCUUAUCGAAACUCCAUUUCUCGUGGUUAGUUUAAGCGAGAUUGAAAUUGUGAACCUUGAACGAGUCGGGCUAGGACAGAAGAAUUUCGACAUGGCGAUCGUGUUUAAGGAUUUUAAACGUGACGUGCUCCGGAUCGACUCAAUUCCUUCUACGUCACUCGAUGGAAUCAAAGAAUGGCUUGACACGACCGACAUUAAAUACUAUGAAAGCAGACUGAACAUGAACUGGCGGGCCAUAUUGAAAACAAUCACUGACGACCCACAAAACUUUAUUGAUGAAGGUGGGUGGGAGUUUUUGAACUUGGAAGCUAGUGAUUCAGAUUCUGAUGGUUCACAGGAAUCUGAUCAGGGUUAUGAGCCGUCUGACGUGGAGCCCGAGUCUGAGUCAGAAGAUGACGGGUCUGACAGUGCGUCGUUGGUUGAGUCUGAUGAAGACGAGGAUGGGUCAGAGGAAGAGGACGGGUCAGAGGAAGAAGAAGGAAAGACGUGGGAAGAGUUGGAACGGGAAGCAUCGAAUGCUGACAGGGAGAAAGGUGGCGAGUCAGACAGUGAAGAGGAGAGGAAAAGAAGGAAGAUGAAGGCGUUUGGUAAGUCGCGUGCAGGUCCCAUCAGCAGCGCACCAAAGCGCCCAAAGUUCAGAAGGUGAAUUUUUAGUCUAGAAUAGUGGGAGUAAGGUUAUAAUCUCUUUUGUGAACUUGGUAGAUGAAUCUGGUAUGAUUUAUAUGCAAACCACUGUUUUUCCUCUUAAAAAUUAUUUAUCAAUCAAUCAAUAUUUUGGAAGUA